AUGCAGCCGCUCCCGCCGCCGGUGCCUGGGCCCCUGGCCCUCCUGGACACGACAGAAGGGUUUGUGAGGAGAAAGAAGACGACCCUGUGGUUUGUGGGGGCUCUGCUGGUGGUGUCCGCCUCCAUCCUGACCGUCGGCCUGGCCGCGACCACGAGGACUGAGAAUGUGACUGUGGGCGGAUACUACCCCGGCAUCAUUCUGGGCUUCGGAUCUUUCUUAGGAAUUAUUGGCAUCAACCUGGUGGAGAACAGAAAACAAAUGCUGGUGGCGGCCAUCGUGUUCAUCAGCUUCGGCGUGGUGGCGGCCUUCUGCUGCGCCGUCGUGGACGGCGUCUUCGCCGCUCGGCACAUCGAGCCCAGGCCCCUCAUGGCGGGCAGGUGCCAGUUCUACUCCAGCGGAGCUGGCUACCUCCACGACGUCUACCAGACGGAGGUCACCUGUCCUUCCCCAAACGGUGGGUGUCUGCUGAAGGUGAAGAGCAACACCUGCUACUGCUGCGAUCUCUACGACUGCCAGGGUGCCCGGAGCCCCCCGGCCUACCACGAGUUCGUGGGCGUCAGCGCCUGCCGCGACGCACUCCAGCUCUACUGGCUUCUCUGGGCCUCGGCCGCGCUCAACGUCCUGGGGCUGCUGCUGGGGGUCGUCACCGCCGCCGUCCUGGGGGCCUUCAAGGACGCGGUCCCGCUGGCCCACCUGGCCUACGGCCCGUCCAUAGCACCUCGGGUCCUCGGUGGCCCUGCCCAGCAGACCCUGGCCUGCUUGGGUUUCCGCGCCGGGCCCCUGGCGAUCCCCACCUGCCCGUCCUACCCGCUGCCCCUCCAGCUGCCCGGUGGCUUUGCAGCCUCACCCGGCUCCGACCUCCCUCUGCCCGAGGACUCGCAGCCUCAGCCCAGCUCUAGCUGCCGACAUCCCCCCAGCGCCCCCACCCACCUCCUCCCCAGGGAGAAGCCCCCUCCCUACACGCCGUGA